GUUAGGAUGUGCAGUUCCAGCGGUGCGAACGUGUUCCGGGCGCGCCCAUUGGCCAAGUAGCCGACAGAAGCCAAAAGAUCCAACCAAAUUUAGCCGACACGGCAACAGUUUCCUCUCAACGACAGAGCCAAAAAAUGCCAACGCCUGAUUGAGGGCCGAAAUCGCGGGUCGCGCGUUUUUGUGUAAAUAAACAUAAGAAAUUAGAAGAAUCUAAAAUCGAAUAUCAAGCGGAACAAAAACAGCAUCCAUCACAGGGAUCCGCACAAUUUAUUUUUCGGUUUCAGUGGAAAAUCACAAGUUAUUCAAUUAAUUGCUAAUGCCAGCGUGCGGAAUGUCUGACUGAUGAGUCGGCCAGAGGCGGACCCGUAACGCAUACGCCAUGUGAGCCGGAUCGAUGGGAUCGUGUUCCGGCCAAGCCACAAUGCCAUCCUCCUGUAAAUAGCCAGCAGCCUUUUCUACUCGCGUCUCUGUCAUAAUAAGUGUCCGUGUAUCCACUGUAACACUGUACAUACUGUAGACUCUAAUUGAUUAAACCACAAUACAAAAAACCAAGCAAACCAAAACAAAACAUAAAAUAAAUAAAUACAUAGAGGAAAGAAGCUCGCGUUUUCGCCGCAGAACGCGUCGCUCGCACACAAGUUUCGGUGCAAAACGGGUAUAAAUAAUCGAAAUAAUAUUCGAAUGCUAUGCUAUAUAUGCUAUAGGAAUUAGUUAAAUUAUUAGGAUUUAAUCGAUUGGAAUUUCGCGCGCAAUAAGAUUUAAUUAUAAACACCGGCAGCAUGGGACCAAUCAGACUCUAGACUCUGGAAUCCACAGAGUUAGUUAGACGAAUGCAGAUUCAGAUCACCACAAUGGAUUAUAGCCGACUGAAUGCUAACAUCAAUACGGGCAACAUCAGCACCGAUGACUUUCUGGCCGUAUUCACGACAGGAAAACCAGAUAAUGCCACCCUCAAUCCGCCCCUGCUCAGUGUCGAUGGUCAGCUGACCCUGCCCCCGGGAUCCGGAUCCGGAUCGGGAUUGGGAUAUAUCAAUGUGAACGACACGAUAUUCUUUCUGAAUGGCAGCUUCUACAACAGCAGCCUUCAGAUGGCGGCGGGAUAUUACAAUCAGAGCGGCGGUUCGGGGGCGACAUCCGGAAAUCUAACCAAUCCGAAUCAAACAGAAGUCCACUGGGAUGGCCACUAUCCCAGUGGCUAUACGCUCACCCACAUUGUGAUCGCCUCCGUUAUCGUGACCAUCCUGAUGAUCAUCAUCGUGGUGGGCAAUAUGCUGGUGAUCAUAGCCAUUGCCACGGAGAAGUCGCUGAAGAACAUACAGAACUGGUUCAUCGCCUCGCUGGCGGUGGCCGACUUCUUUCUGGGCCUCAUCAUCAUGCCCUUUUCGCUGGCCAACGAGCUGAUGGGCUACUGGAUCUUCGGCAGCUGGUGGUGCGACAUCCACUCGGCGAUGGACGUCCUGCUCAGCACCGCCUCGAUCAUGAAUCUCUGCCUCAUCUCGCUGGAUCGCUACUGGAGCAUCACCAAGGCCGUCGACUAUCUGAAGUCAAGGACGCCGGCGCGGGCAGCCGUCAUGAUCACGGCGGUCUGGAUAAUGUCCGCCCUCAUCUGCAUACCGCCGCUCCUCGGCUGGAAGGUGAAGACGCCGGAGGGACCGCUGCCCAAGUGCUCGCUGAGCAAUGACAUUGGCUACGUGCUUUACUCGGCGCUGGGCUCCUUCUACAUCCCCAGCUGCAUAAUGGUCUUUGUGUACAUACGAAUUUACUUUGCCGCCAAGGCGCGGGCGAGGAGGGGCAUCAAAAAGCAUCCCCGCAAAACAAACAACGAACAGGUAACGAGCUUCACCACCGCCAAGAAAGGAACCAUACCGAUGCCCUCCUCCAGCGGCGCGGCCGCUUUGCAGCUGCAUCAGCAGCGCCAAAUAGCCACCAUCGAGACUCCACCGAACAGCGCCACUCUGCCCAUGCAGAUACCCACGGUGACCAUGGACCUGGCCUCCGACAUCUCCACCUCGGAGGCGGGGGAACUGGAGGCGGUGGCCGCCCAAACGGUGCUGGCCUAUGCCAAUCCCAAUGGGGCGGGCGUUAAUUCGGUCACCGUGGUGAGCAGCGGGAAUGGGGGUGCCGCCUCCACCAUAGACAGUGCACAGCCCACCUCGCCGAGGGAAACGCUCCAUGUGAGCACGAUAGCCACCGGUCGGGUGGGUCUCAAUGUGCCCGUGCCCCCGUCCAUGGGCAGCAACAACUCCAUCAAUGCGCUGAACAACAACAACGGCAGCGUGGCCAUGGAUGGCGGAGGCGGAGGAGGAGGAGGAGGAGGAGCAGCAUCCGCUGGCGGGGGAAAUGGAAGUGCAGGUACGACGACGACAGGAGGACUGCAAACGCCGGGCAACGAGCUGCGCGUCUCCCCAAUCGCCGGAAGGUGUCGAGCCUUAUCCGUGGGCGUGGACACGGACAUGGUGAGUGAAUUCGAUCCAUCCAGCAGCGAUUCGGGCGUGGUCAGUCGCUGUGCCGUGGUCAAGCCGCUCAAGUUUCGCCUUUGCCAGCCGAUCUUCGGGCGCAAAUCGAAUAAUCAGCAGCGUCGCAACGAGGCCAAAGCGGCGGCCAAGAAUCAACAUCCCAGUGCGGCGACGGGCAACAAAAAUCAACAGCAGCAACAGCAGCAUCAGCAGCAGGUGGUGAAGGCGGAACUGGAGCCGGCCAUACCGAAGACCCCGAAGCCCCGGGAUCCGGAGAAGGAGAAGCGAAGGAUUGCGCGGAAGAAGGAGAAGCGGGCCACCCUAAUCCUGGGGCUGAUCAUGGGCAGCUUCAUCGCCUGCUGGCUGCCGUUCUUCUUCCUGUACAUCCUGGUGCCGGCAUGUAGCAGCCACUGCAAUAUACCCGAUUCGGCGUUCGCCGUCGCCUUCUGGCUGGGCUACAUGAACUCGGCCCUCAAUCCGGCCAUCUAUACCAUCUUCAACAAGGACUUCCGGCGCGCCUUCCGGCGCAUCCUGUUCAAGUGAUGUUUGGCCUAUGUGUGCUGUUACAGGUGCGUUUACGCCAGCAUCGAGAAGGCAACCGAACGUGCCAUGGGCAGCACACCCAUGGGCUAUGGUCAUGGCAUGUAUCAGCACUACAGGCGUUAGAUUUGCUUCGUUUUGGUAAUGCCAUAAGCCCCAGUCCCUUCCAAUUCCCCCAAAU